GCUGCAAAAGAAAAUAUAUGCUCCAUACAAGGCUUCACAACGUGUGCCAGCCAAAUCCUCGGAGCUGCUGACUCGAAUGCAUAUGCCUCACCGUUCGAUGCGACGUGCAUCAAAUUGCUCAAUGCAGCCGGUGCGAGACUGACGCAAAAGACCAAUAUGGAUGAGUUUGGCAUGGGUUCCUUCAGUGCCAAUACGCCAUUUGAGCCAGUACGCAAUCCUCAUAAUGCCUUGCACGUCGCGGGAGGAUCUUCUGGUGGAUCUGCUGCUACCUUAUUUGCAGAGGAUGGCCCACAGUUCAGCUUAGGCACCGAUACAGGUGGUUCAGUUCGGCAACCUGCAUCACAUUGCGGUGUAUGGGGAUUCAAGCCGAGUUAUGGACGUAUCUCGAGGUUAGGGGUUGUCUCCUAUGCCAAUAGCUUUGACACCGUGGGUAUUUUAGCCAGGGAGCUGGGGACGAUACGGCAGGUGUACCAGGUGCUCGACCAGCACGAUCCAGCAGAUCCCACAAGCCUCGCAGAUGGCCUACGCAAAAGAAUCGCUACACGUCAGAGACGUCCAGGCCGGAUACGAGUCGGUAUACCAGUCGAGUACAAUGUCUCUGAGCUAUCUGACGAGAUACGCACACUCUGGCGAAAGGCGGCAACAUCAAAUGAGCAAAUAUCCUGUCAUCCAGUCUCAAUUCCACUCACACGUGCGGCACUCUCUGCAUACUCCAUUCUUGUCCCAAGUGAAGCUUCAUCAAAUCUACAAAAGUACAGCGGGCUGUACUAUGGCGCUCGUGCAGAGGCAGAUCGAUCCAGCACAGGUCUGCUGUAUGCCGAGACACGCUCUCUCUUUGGUCCCGAGGUCGAACGCCGCAUCCUCAUGGGUAACCUCUCACUCUCAGCUGCUCGCUUCAACAAGGACUUCCUCCAGGCCUGUCGAAUCCGUCGACUUUUGCUUGAUCAAUUCUCUAGAGUUUUCCGACAGCCCCAUCCCAUCUUGCCAUCACCACAGCAGCAAAUGACAGUGGACUUCCUACUCACGCCUGUGGCAACAACGCCUGCUCCGACAUUAGAGGAAGCACGACUCAUGGGCUCUGCAGAGGAGCGUGCAAGCGAUGUCAUGACGGUGCCCGCUAGUAUGGCUGGCCUGCCAAGUAUCAGCAUCCCAUCAGCAACCAGCGAGAAUGGUCUGCCUAUUGGUCUACAGCUCAUCGGUCAAUAUGGGGAGGAUGAAGCUCUUUUGGAAGCUGCAAAG